UUAUGUCUGAUGAGCUGGGUCCUACAUACGUAUCUGAGUCGGGACCUGCUUGGUCAUCCUGACCUUCAGUGCACGGAUCCAAUUAAAAAGGUCGACCUCCUGCUGUUAACACAAUGGACAUCACAAGCUGAGGAGAAAUUGUUUAAAAUGGUGAUGACAGAUAUCAGCGGUUGCCUGGAGAGGAUCCUGGAGAUGGAAAUGAGCCACGAUUAUCUUUACUUAGACACAAUUCAGUGCAUAGACGCCGUGCUCAAAAAGGUUUUCAACAUCAGCCCACGACUGUCUGAUAAGCUGCAGGAGGGUUGCAUGCGAGAGCUGCUGGAGUUUCUAAAAAAGUACGCGGCGGCGCAGAAGGACCUUCUGAGAAAGAAAGCAAAAAUGAAAAAAACAGAAACAAAAGAUUUCUUCAAGAAUUUGAACAACUGUAAAAAUCUCAAGCAGUAUAUCCAGGACAAAGACAAACAAGGCCAUCUCGUGGAAAUCAUUGAACACAUGGAGGCUUUUACUUUGAAACUUCUGAGGGAAAUCGUAGCUGACAUCGCAGAGCGCCGCCUCAAGAAAUACUUCCAGUCACAGAACACAGAAUUCUCCCUCUUGCUCGAUGACGUAAGAAGUCUUCUCUCAGGCCUGUCAGACUAUGAGGGCGUUCAGAUGAGAGUGAUGGACGAGGCCUACAAACUCCUCGCUCAUGUUUACCUCAAGCGCCUCGUCGGAACGCGCCUGAGCCGCCUGAGGAGGCGCUGGCAGCCCGACGUGGGACGAAGAGUCACCGAUGACGCCGAGCUGCUUCACCGCUUCCUCUCGGAUCUGGUUAACGGGGUCGCUGGGCGGAACGCCAUGCUGCUGAAAGUCGACGAUCUGUUGACGUUAAAGGAUCUUGAUGCGACGAAGAUGACAGCGGCAGAAAUGCAGCAGAAGUGUUACCCGGGGAGCGAGGACCUGGAGCUCCUGCCCGCCCUGCUGCAGUGGAGGGGUCUCUCCCGAUCCCAGAUCAGGGAGGUGCAAUAUGCCAUGGGGGACCUACCCGGCUUUCAACUCCGACCCACGCCUGCUUCCUGGUUCUCCUGGUUCUCCUGGUUCAGCUGCUGCACGCCGGAAUCCACGUUUAUCGGCGAGGAGGACAGCUCUCGGAUCUGAUGCACAGACGGAGAAGCAGUUGCUUCCGAGAGAGUUGUCAUAGGCUUCAGCUAAGUUUGUUAUGUCGCUGGUGUUGCUUCCUUUCAGGUGUCGUUAUCGUAUAAGGAAACUGGAUUUUUUUAAAGUCUUGUUCCCUGAAAGUUUUUGUGCAAAGCAAUCAAAUCAACACAUUCUAUAGCUUCGGUGUGAAUACUACUGUGCUGAACAACGCAUUGUCCUCGAAUGCAGCAAACUUCACCCUUCAAACCAUCAACAUCUUGGGGGGUUGCGUUGGUGUUUGAAGCUGCUUUCGUUCCUGCAUAUCUGUCGGGACAGUUGCACUUCGUUGACAGCGACGUUAUGUUUUGUGCAGUAAGAGCUACACGUUGCAGAUCUGUCAACCUGUGCGUUUCCUGUCUCAUUGUUACUGUUAUUAUGCGCGAGUAUAAAGUGCAACAGACGAGCCGUGACCUGCGUGGAAUGCGGACGCAGGUUUCCGAAAGGGAAGCUCAACGUCGGCGGCUGCAACCGUCGCCAUCUUGGCAGUGGCGACGCCGCGCUGCGAGUCUUUUGCGCGGAUCGACUCCCUUUUGGAGCCAGCCUCGUUGGGACUUUGUGACGUCAAACGUCGAGUCUGCCCCCGAAAAAGCAGAAUAAGAGAGAAGAGGGAUAAGGUUUGAGCGAUCAGGGCGCCUGAUUAACGCUCUUCGGGCUUUCUUGGCCAUUUUGACAGAAUCACCUGGAGGGCACGUGGACAGUGAAGAUUGUAACGCCAUGCGUGUAUCUGCCGCCUUGGCUCGUUCGAAUUUUCUGUAUGUUUUACGAAUAUUCUGUAUUUUACGUAUUUUCUGUAUGUUACGAUUUUUUUUAAACCGAAGUGAUGAGUAAUAUCGAUCGCUGCAGCCACGCUCUGAUAAUCAAAAACACAAGAAUAAAGAAUUCAGAGGCACUGAAGGGAAAAAGUGACACAGUUGCAAAAUGACAAAAUGUUUCAAACCCUAUAAUGAUCAUUUGUUGUUUUCUUUGUGUGCUGAGAGUUUUGAGCUGCACUGAUAAUAAGCUCUGUCUCUUCAUCAUAAUGAAAUGUUUCACAUUGUCAAACUUCACUGUUAAAGGAAUUUUAUUUUUUAAUUUAUUCCUUUAUUCCUUUAUUUACUUGUUUUAAUUCCCUCUUCAUUCCCGGUACAAAGUCAUAUUUUCUACUUGAAUUUUAACAGUUAUUGCCUUUGUACUUUAUUUAUAUUAUAUAUUGUAUUAUGUUGUGGUAGUUAAUUUUGUUAAUAAAUUGGUAAAUCUGG